ACGACAUGCGCCUGUGCGAGUCGGGACCUGCUUCUCGGAAAGAUCACUGAUUGCGCCAACGUUGCGAAAACGCUACAGGGAAAUUUGAUCCGAUAUAAUGACGCAACAAUGAGUAUGAUCUUUGAAUUUUCGUUACUACUCUUUCAAUAAACACUAUAGCAUUACACUAAAGUAAAAUACUUAUUUGAAUUUUACAAAAAGGAGCUCUUUUAGCUAAUUAGAAAUAUGCGAUGUUAUUCGGUGGAAAACGUAACCCAAAAUAAAUCUAAAUGGUGAGAAAACUGUAUAAAAAUGUGCAGAACAACAGAAUAAAGAAGAGUUCAGAGUAAUGUAUUAGGAGUUUCAUUUCAAACACUCUUUAAAAAAAUUAAAUAAUUGGUGUUGCGUUUUCGCAACGGUGACCGUAAUUCGGGUUAAAUGCUCCAUUAUUUUGCAUACUACUGAUGUGAGGGAAACAGGAUAAUUGUAUAUGAACCGUGU